AUGGCUUUAGGGUCCGUAAAGACUGAUGACACGUCGAAGCCGAAGAAAAAGCUCCUUCUCAAUGCCUUCGACAUGUUCACUCCUAGCCACUUGGCUUUCGGUCAAUGGGCAAAUCCUCGCGAUCGAAGCAAGAAUAAGCGGCGAGAUCUCACCUACUGGACCGACCUAGCGGAAAUAUUGGAAAAAGGAAGCUUCGUGGGGUACUUUCUUGCAGAUACAUUUGGUCCGUAUGAUGUCUACAAAGGCGGUACUGAGCCUACAUUCCGAACUGGAGCACAGUGGCCUAUGGCGGAUCCAAUCAUCCCGAUAUCAGCCAUGGCAAGCGUAACGAAACAUCUUAAAUUCGCAGUCACAACCUCAACUUCGUACGAGCAGCCGUAUGUUGUAGCAAAGAGGUUCGCGACUCUCGAUCACUUGACUGGAGGACGAUUUGGUUGGAACAUUGUAACAAGCUGGAAACCGGCUGCCUCUAAAGCUGUUGGUUUGCCUUACGUCGAACAUGACAAACGAUAUGAAAACGCCGAUGAGUAUCUCCGUAUCCUCUAUAAACUCUGGGAGGGAUCCUGGGCAGACGACGCACUCGUCGAAGACUCUGAAUCCAAAAUCUAUACCGACCCAUCCAAGAUUCGUACCAUCAAACAUGAGGGUAAAUGGAAUGUCGAUGCACCCUUCAUUGUUGACCCAUCGCCACAACGAACACCUGUUCUCUUCCAAGCCGGGACAUCAGCUGCUGGUAUGAAGUUUGGAUCGAACCAUGCAGAAGCUAUUUUCGUUUCCGGACUGUCACCACAUGUGGUAGCUCCUCGCGUCAAGGCCAUUCGAGAGCAAGCAGCCGCAGCCGGGCGAGACCCUCAGUCGAUCAAGAUCUUUACCAUGAUCACACCAAUCAUCGGCAAAGACGAGGAAGACGCCGAAAAAAAGCACCGCGAGGCUCUCCAAUAUGCAUCUGAGGAAGGCGGCCUGGCGCAGUGGUGCGCGUCGAGCGGUGUUGACGUGUCAAAAUUCGAGCCUGACCAUCUUCUCACUGAAGAAGACUUACCACGUGAGCAAUGGCAGCGGUUGGCUCAGAGUAUCGUAUACAACCUGCAGUAUACCGGCUACGAUAUCCCACCUCUAACUGUUCGCAACCUCGGAAAAUUGGUCGCGAUAGGUGGCUCUGGAGCAAUGCCCAAAGGCUCGCCAUCUCAAGUCGCCGACAUCUUCGAGCAGUGGGUCGACAUCGCUGAUGUCGAUGGGUUUAACAUCGCGUAUGUCGUCUCGCCUGGCAGCUUCCAGGAUGUUUCCGAGCUGCUCGCUCCAGAGCUUAGGCGAAGGGGACUACUGGACGAGCCAAUCCACUCAGACGCCCCUGUAUUGACGUACCGUGAAAGAAUAUACGGCAAAGGGCAAAAAGGUCUCCGAAGUGAUCAUUUGGGGUUCAGAUAUAAGUACGACACGUACGAGCAAACAGUUGCUGAGGAGUCUGCUCGUAAGACGACGGCAUCUUCGUGA